UGGCAAAGCCCCUAAGGCCAGGAGAAAGUCUCGAACAAGGCAAGGAUGCAAGUUUCUUUUGUGUGCUCGGACCACAACAUCAAGGGCCGGAGCGCCGAGGACCGGCUCAACCGGCAGAAUGCCAGCAGCCCCAGCACGCGCGGCCGGUUCCGCACUGUGGCCAUGGUCGCCCGGAGCCUGGGACACCUCUCAAUGCAGCAUGCCCCAUCCUCCAGCGAAUCCAGCGUGAAACAGCCAGGCAUGAAAUAUAGAAAUCUCGGAAAGUCGGGACUGCGAGUCUCCUGCCUCGGCUUAGGAACAUGGGUGACGUUCGGAGGCCAGAUUACAGACGAGAUGGCAGAGCAGCUGAUGACCCUGGCCUACGAUAACGGAAUUAACCUCUUUGACACGGCUGAAGUCUACGCAGCUGGGAAGGCUGAAGUCGUGUUAGGGAAUAUCAUCAAGAAGAAAGGAUGGAGACGUUCCAGCCUCGUGAUAACAACCAAAAUCUUCUGGGGAGGAAAAGCCGAGACAGAGAGAGGCCUUUCGAGAAAGCACAUUAUAGAAGGUCUGAAGUCUUCGUUAGAACGGCUGCAGCUUGAGUAUGUGGACGUGGUGUUUGCCAAUCGGCCAGACCCCAACACACCCAUGGAAGAGACGGUACGAGCUAUGACCCACGUCAUCAACCAAGGGAUGGCCAUGUACUGGGGGACAUCACGCUGGAGCUCUAUGGAGAUUAUGGAAGCUUAUUCGGUGGCCCGGCAAUUUAACCUCAUCCCGCCUAUCUGCGAGCAGGCCGAGUACCACAUGUUCCAGAGAGAGAAGGUGGAGGUCCAGCUGCCGGAGCUUUUCCACAAGAUCGGAGUGGGUGCCAUGACAUGGUCCCCCUUAGCGUGCGGCAUCGUCUCGGGAAAAUACGAUGGUGGGAUUCCACCCUAUUCGCGAGCAUCUCUCAAAGGGUAUCAGUGGCUGAAAGACAAGAUCUUGAGCGAAGAAGGGAGACGGCAGCAAGCCAAGCUGAAGGAACUGCAAGCCAUUGCGGAACGGCUGGGCUGCACCCUACCCCAGCUAGCCAUUGCCUGGUGUUUGAGGAAUGAGGGGGUCAGCUCAGUUCUGCUGGGGGCUUCCAAUGCAGACCAGCUAAUGGAGAAUAUUGGAGCAAUACAGGUUCUUCCAAAACUGUCCUCUUCCAUUAUCCACGAGAUUGACAGUAUUUUGGGCAAUAAACCCUACAGCAAAAAGGACUACCGAUCAUAAUCGGAGAACCACGUCCUCCUGGACUUUAUCCUUCCAAACUCCUCGCCUCUCCUGUUCGCUUGCUUAAGCUUUAUCGAAGCCGAGUGAAGAGUACGGUUCGCAUCCAAGAAAUUACAGCAAGCCCCGAGACGGUCCAGAGGAACCGUUUUCUAAACGUCACACAAGACAACCAUAGGCUUCUUUAA